UCACUCUGUCACCCAGGCUGGAGUGCAGUGGCGUGAUCAUGGCUCACUGCAGCCUCAACCUCCUGAGCUCAAGUGAUCCUCCCCUCUCAGCCUCCCAAGUAGUUGGGACCACAAGCACAUGCCACAAGUUUCUGUUUUAAAAUUACAGAGAUGGGUUUGUAGAGACAGAGUUUCUCCAUGUUACCCAAGUUGGUCUUCAACACCUGGGCUCAAGCGAUCCACCUCUCUUGGCCUCUUAAAGCGCUGGGAUUACAGGCAUGAGCCACCAUGCUUGGCCAAUACCUUCUACUUUUAAAGACUCAAAAGAUAUGCAGAAUCCCGGAAUUAAAACAAAACAAAUAUAGUUCACACCUAUAACUGUGCUUGAAUCCUUGCCAUCAUGGAGUUCCUAAUCUAGCUGAGUACAUAAAUGUAUAAAAAGUAAAUUUUUGUGCUACAGUAUAAACAAAGAUCUACAGGAAAACAGACACGUAAAUGUUUAUGGCCUGUUACUUCAUUGAGAAUACAUAUAAGUCAGGGUGCCAAGGAGGAGAGGAGAGAUGAGGUUGAAAAGUGAAUUUGGUGAGAGGUACGUUAUAGACAACAAAAAGUCACAACAGGCUUUUAAGUACCCUCCAUGCGUGAUUAUAUAGUAUCAUGUGUGUAUUUCAGAAAGAUCACACUGACUAGUAGUAUGUAAGAGAGAUUGGGAGUAUAAAAUGAGACAUAAUCCAAGUGUUAGUGUAUUAGCAGUAGCUGCAGUGAACUAAUGUUGGUUGUCUUUCAAUUAAGUUUUUACACUCUACUAAGCACUCUUCAAGCUUACUCUUCACCACAGCCAAAUUUUCAAAGAGCUGCUUAGCUAGUAAAGGGAGCCACAGGAUCUGCACUGAGGUACAAACUCUUAACAUGAUACAUGUUUGCCAGACAGAGCAAAAGUGAGAUCACGCACGCGUGUGUGUGUGUGUGUGUGUGAGAGAGAUUUAAAGUUUUCAAUUAAGUCUGUAACAGUGGUAAUAAUGAAGAAUUAAUCAGCUUAAGAGGCAGUUUAGGAGUGGAAUCAAAGGGAUUUGCAGGAUAAAGUGGCACUGGGUGGUGAGAAAAGGAUCUGAGGAUGAAGAGGUGGUGAUUUUCCUUUGGUUGUUUGGGUGAAGGAUCUUUUCCUCAGGAAGAGCUGGAAAAGGAGUUUAUAAAUUUAGGUUUGAAAAUAUGGUUUUGAAUCGUUUGUAGGGACAUCCAGAUGGAGAUGCCCAUUUUGGAGCUAUAAAUACUUCUCUGAAGCCCUGGAAAGACAUGACAUUCAAGAUGGAGUGAUUGGAGAUCUUGAAUAUGGUUGAAAUCACAAGAGUGAAUGAAGUAUUCCACAGUCAAGGAAGGCACCACUGGUCAACUCAGUUUUUGAGUUGGCAGUGUCGGAGGACACAGUGACGCAGACUAAGCAAAUGGAAGUAAGAGGGGAGGGAGAUGUCAGGGAAGCUGAGAUCUCGGGGUUCAAUCAACAUUCUCAAAUGCCGCAGAGAACACACACACACACAGGCACACACACACGUUAACAAGGAGUGUGGCUUCAUACAAAGCCACAUAUUUUAUCUUAAGCCAAAACUGGGCUAUUCACAGCCAUAUAGUCGACUUCUGCUUUUUGUUUUGUUUUGUUUUGUUUUUAAAUGAGAUACCAAUGUGUCCCACCUCGCGUUCUCCUUCAUCGCCCUUCCCUUUCCUCCCUUCUUCCAUGCAGAAUGCAAUUCUCCUCCACAUUUCAAUGUUUUGGGACUUGCCUCCCACUCCUCUCCCUUCCCAAGGCUUCCUGUCUCCAUGGAAACAUUCGCUUAAUUAACCCAACGCAGGGAGAGGGCAUCGCUGGCCCAAGUGAAAGCCGCCAGAGCAGCUACAGCAAGAGCUGGAGCAGAGCGAGAGAAGGAGACUAAAGGGAGGCAGGCUGCGAGAUGGAGAAAUUAAUUAUUCUACUGCUCUGGUUACAGUAUGUUGUUAAGAUCUCAAAAAAUUUUCAUUAUAUACCAAUGAAUAAACAAACAACAGAAGUUUUUAUUGAAUGGGAUGAAUUUCCUAAGGGAGGAAAUCCUGAAUUUUAUUUUUUAAAAUAUCAACUUGUUAAUGAUUUUGCUCAAAGAAAUGUAAAAAGUAUUCUCGCAGACCCACAAAGACGUCAGAAAUUAAUAAUAACACUAAAGGAAAAUGAAGAUUAUCACAUCAUUUUACAGUCCAUGAGAUAUGGACAAAUUUUAAGUGAAAAGUCAUUUCAAAUUCGUGGAAUCUCAACUAGCAAUAUUAAAACAAUAGCAACAAGUACAAGUGUUUCUUUUAACUGGAGUGCGCCCUCUUCCAAAGAUAUAUCAGUGUCAAUAUCUUUCAAUAAUUAUUCACAAAUUAUGCAAAAUAAAGUUAUGGUUUAUGAGUGGGGUAAUUUAAAACCUGCAGCUUUUUAUGCUUUCACAUUUGAAUUUAAACAGUUACACUUGGAUUUCAUAAAUAUAUUUCAGAGACUGGAUGUUCAAGUUGAAACAGGAUCGUGUUCACAAGGAUGGGCAGCAUUAAAAAAUAACUGUUAUAGAAUUAACAAUGACAGUAAGCCAUGGAAUAUAGCCCAGCAACAUUGUAAGUUAUCCUUAAGUUCUGCACACCUUGUGGAUAUGAAAAAUGAAGAGGAAAAAAAUUUUGUAUUUUCGUAUCUCAGGUCAAACAAUCAAAUAAUAAUAUGGACUGGUCUUAAUGAUAUGAAGAAAGAAGAUCUUCUUACAUGGGCAGAUGGAUCAUCUUUUGGCCUUAAGAAAAAUGAAAUAUUUUCUUUUCCAUUGCUAUCCAAGAAUGAAACACAUUGCUACAUUUUACAGCAAAAUGCAACUGGAUCAAACUAUUUCUUUACAAGAUUUUUCUGUUACGUUCCAUUGCCGUAUGUUUGUGAAUAUGAAUUACCUUCUCUGCAGGAAAGCUUUUUGCUUUAUAUAAAGGAUGUUGGAACAACUGAAGUUGUAUUUAGUUGGAAUAAUUUGAAUUUUUGGAAUAAUUUGAAUAAGUGGGUGAAAUUGGGAUAUAAGAUUAUCAUUAAAUAUUCUUUAGAUUAUACAGAAGAACAAUAUUUUGAAAGCAUGCCCCCAAAUACUACAGAAAAAGCAAUUACCCAACUGUUUCCUGGUCGUAUUUAUAGAUUUUUACUCUUCGCAAUAAAUGAAUGGGAGGCAAAAACUACUUUAAGUCCAAUAUUCACUGUAGAAACACGCCUUUUGUCAGCCCAAAAUUUCAGAGUUACACAUGUUACCCUAACAGAAAUAUUUUUACACUGGGAUCCUCCAGAUCCUGUAUUUUUUCAUCAUUACCUUAUCACUAUUUUGGAUGUUGAAAACAAUACAUCAGAAGAGGUGUUUGUUGAAAAACGCAACACAGCAACCAUAGUUGGAGACCUCAAGUCUUUUCAUCAUUAUCUGGUAUAUCUAUUCAGUGUAGCAGAAAGAGGAACUUUAAGUUGCUUGGAGAAACCACUUUCAGUCAUUACAGAACCCAAACCAGUCUGGAUUGUUAUCCCCUAUGAAAGUCGUAGUACCUCUGUAAUCUUAUUUGUUCAAAUGCCCAAUGUUGAAGUGUUUGAUGGACUACAUAUUGUAAUUGAAGGAGGGGCAAAUGUGACCAUGGCUUUACACCAUGGGUAAUAAAAUAACUGUUGACAAUUUAGCUCCAGACACAGAAUAUAAUUUCUUUGUUUCCAUUAUCACUGGGACUAAAUUAAGUGAUAGGUAUUAAGUGCCUGCAGUAAAAACGUAUUUUAAGACUUGCAAAGCUUUUUCUUGAUUUCAAUUUUGUGUACCAUUUCAAAUGGGUGUCUACACUUAGUUUAAUGUAAUCAUUUUCAAGAAUCUUUUAAGGUAAUUUUAAAUGCCUCACUAUUGAGCCAGAUCUUUAAUUACCUGUGUAUAGGUAGAGCUAAAUCUAUGUGAAGCUGAAACUCUGUGAAUAAUUUUUUUUAUCUGUCCUUUCACAAAAAGAAAUGCUUGCAUUUUAACCAGAACUUUGAAUGACUUAAUCAAAGAGCAAGGAAUGUGACUAAUUUUAAGCCAAUUAUGAGAACAAAAUUUUAUUUUUGAGCCUAGGAGACCUGACAAUAUCUUAGAGCACGUGAUCUAAGACUGUGCUUGCUAUUCCCAUACUGACAUUUGUCUGGAAAAAAGUGCAUAUUUUCCUAAGCUUUUUGAAUAUUUAAAAUUAAUUUUUGUUAUUAGAUAUAUGUGCUGUGUGUUUGUUUAUAUAAAUAGUUGCAUUUUUAGAUUCAUAUUGUUUUAUCUUCUCUUUAAAUCACUUAAAAAUUCUGCAUAUAUUAAUAUUGAACAUGCGGAACACAUACAAUUUACCUAAAAUAUCCAUCCAGUAUAUGUCGAAAUUAAUGAUGAAGAGUAAUAAAUGCCAUACAAACCAAAAUCACAUGGAGUCCUAAAAACGUAAUUCUGACUUAUAACAUGUCCAGUGCCCUCAUUAUUUGCUCUUCCUGUCUAUAUAUAUAUCCACCUAGGUCAUUAGGCUACCAUGUAUCUUUUCCCUCACAAAUUGUAACCUUUCCAUUUCCGUUGAAAUUCAACUUGUCUAUAAAAUACUCCCAAACUGAUGUCAGAAAUCACAUUAUUUUGACAGCAUUUUAGCAUAUUUACAAUAAUUUCAAUACCUAUUUAUAUUUUAUUUUUGCUUUCAAUUUCUAUGUACUUUUUAUAUCUGUAUUCUCUGCCUGUCUUCAUUACUUUAUAAAUCAUUAUAGGCUACAGUCUUUAUAUUUGGCAGUUAUUGUCUUUAAACAAAAUUACUACAUGAUUAUCUAAAUACAUCAAUAUUGUGAUAUCAAUCAGCAAAAUAAAUCAAUAUAUAAGAUGAUAGUUUAAAGCUGCCAUUUUCCCCAUUUUCUGAAAUAAUUUUUUCUUAUGCUAGAUUAAAUCUUCAAAAUGGGAAAAAGAAACAUUAACACUCAUCAGAUACAAUUUAUUUUUAGCUUCAGCAAAUAUUUGAUACAAAGGGGAUUCUUUCACUUACUUGUCUAAAAUUCAUAUUUCUUUCUCUGUUGUCUUUUCAGCUUAUGCUAAUAGUUUUAAUCUUUUUGUUUCCUUGAAUAUUGUGUAUUUUCUUCAGUGAAUUUGUUCCUAUGUGGUUUUUUGCUGCAGCACCAAAAUUAGCUGUAUGUGAUGGUAUUUGCAAUGGCUUUCAGUAUUGGAACUGAUUACCGUAUUUUAUAAACUGUCAUUGAAUGUGUAAACAACUAUUUUUAAUUAGGAUAGAGGCAUAGAUUAAUUAAUAAACUAUUGUUCUUUUUGACAUUAUUAUGUUUUUUAUUCCCUUUUAAGGGAUAAGUUAAAAAAAACAAUUAGGAAAUUUCCAAGAGGAAUUUAAGUUUGUUGUGUGUUUGGAUAGGUCUGGAAGCACCACUGAAUAUCCAUGAAGGCAAAGUUACAGAUUCUUCUAUAGAGAUUCUCUGGAAUUGAGUUGAUGGGAAUUUCCAGCAUUAUGAAAUCACAUGCAUAAACUAUGCUGCUGCUUUCAUGGUACGUUAUAAAGGGCUCUUGGAGGAAUUAAACUUGAAUGUUUCAUGCUGAAACCAACAUUACUGCAUUCUUACAUUGGAUAGUAGUGAAACUAAAUAAUUCCCAAUUGUAUUCAGUUGUGGAGCUUUUCUUAAACACAUACUUGAUAAUGUAUUCUUUUGGAUUGAUAGGUUCAGAAGGUAGUUCAAGAAACAGCAAUAUUCUCUAACCUGGAUCCUGCCACAGUGUACACCUUUUCUAUUCGGGCUGAAAAAGAAGGUUUUAAAGACAUUACUGCUAACAUAAAAGAAAUACAGACAGGUUGCCGCCUAUGUAGGCACCUUAGGAGUUUCUUUCAUGUUCAGAUAUUUCCUUGGUCCUUUAAGGGAAGAUUAGUAAGUACUUCAUUCCUCCCAGGUUUUCUUUAUGGGCAUUGUCUCUUGUAUCUUUUUCUUUUUCCUUGGUAUGGGUUAUCACAACAUCCUUUUAAGUAUGUAUUGUCAGAUGGUAGCAUUGCUAACUGCUUAUGGUCUGGCCAGAGUUUCCAUUUGUGAUUUAAUUACCCCAUUUUCCAAUGAAGUGCCACCUUGCCAGUGUAAACAUUUUAUUCCCAAAGGCAGAUGGUGAUAUAUCCCAUGGUAAUCAUAUGAAAUAAAGGAUGACUGGGAAGGAUGCAUGCAACUGUAUAAGCUGUCGUAUCUAGUAAAGUAAAAUUGUCAACUAUUCUACUAAACUAUGUUAGUUAUUCUUGAUGUUGAUGCAAUGGGUACAUUGAUUUAUAUAUUUAGAACCUGGCCAUGUCUGGUAUUCUUUUAAUGUAAUAAGAAAGAAUGAGAUUGAGAGAAUAUCUUCACAAUUUGAUUCUUUUCUCAUAUAUGGGAGAAUUUUAAAGAGAAAACAAUAUGCCCAUUAUACACUAUUUAAUUUAACUUUUUUUCCUCAGGAAAGAAGGGAGGCAUUUCAUAUUCAGAUUGCAAUUAACUUUCCUGCUAAUUAGACUUGGCACUCCUUGGUAUUUAAUUAGGAUGAGUCCUAAAAAUAAUUAAAUAUUUCUGAAGUCAGUGGUUACACAAGACUAAGGUAUGAUCUACUUUCUGCAUUUUAGAGGCCAGGGACAUUUUGAGUACAAUGCUACUGGGACACAUUUUGUACACUUAAAGCACACAUGUAUUUUAUUUCAAAGUUUAAAAUAAUUCUGGCUGUUUUUAAACAAUACAUGUAACUUCUCAUAUCUAGCAGGUAGAAUAAAAGGAAGCCAUUAUCCUCAGCAAACUAACACAGGAACAGAAAACCAAACAGCGCAUGUUCUCACUUAUAAGUGGGAGCUGAAUAAUCAGCACACAUGGAGACAGGGAGGGGAACAACACACACUGGGGCCUGUCACAGAGGUGGGGGAGGGAGAGCAUCAGGAUAAAUAAUACUUGUGGGGCUUGAUACUUAGGUGAUGGGUUGAUACGUGCAGCAAACCACCAUGACACAUGUUUACCUAUGUAACAAACCUGCACGUCCUGCCCCUGUAUCCUGGAACUUAAAAUUAAAUUAAAUCAAAUUAAAUUUUAAGAAAAAGGAGUGCCUUGGUUACCCUCAGGGUUUGCAUAGAGUCAAUUCCUGAAGGCGGUUCAGGGCUGGCAGGUGCUUUGUGCUAUGGAAAAUGUUAUCUUACUGUCUGUCUUAAAUGAUAUAGCCCCAAGUGCAGCUGAAUUUAUGAAACAUAGCAGAGACCCAAAUGCAGUAACUGUUAGCUGGCCUUCAGCUAGAAGUCUUCUGGAUGGAUAUAUUAUUUCAAUAUCCAGUGAAAGCUUAAUGAGAGAAGAAAUUCUGCCCUCCACUCAAAGGACAUUCACAUUUAAUAGCCUUUCUCCAGGGACUGACUUUUUAAUUAGUAUUAUGACUAACAAGGGACUGAAAAGAACCCAUCCUACUGUCCUCAUGGUUAGCACUUGUAAGUUCAUUUUAUAUUUAAUUAACUUUUCAUGGGUAAAAAGAAGAGAGAAAUGGUUGUAUUUGAGGACAAUGCCUAAUUAGAAAUGAAUGACUAGGAAGUGGUUUGUGAUAUGCUGGAAGAGAAGGAGCAUUGCAUUUACAGGGAGAAUGUCUGAGAUAUAUUCCUGCCUCUGUCACUUAUUAAUUAUGUGACCUUAGGCAAAACAACUGUGUUCUCACUUAGGAAAUGAGAAUAAUUAUUCCUGCCUAGGUAAAAUAACCUGUUACUAAAGUGAAAUGUGAAACUCUUCCUGAAAGUGUAAAGUACUCUAAAACCCUAAGGUAUUAUUGUCAUGAAAUAAUAUUUCUCUAGUACUUGGGCUAUAUUAACAUUUUAUGAAAAUAAACUUGGGGUAUAAAAAAAUAGACUUUUUUAUUAAAAAAUACUGUCUUUUUGAUUGAAUUAUUUGGGUUCUCUUUGCCUCUUCUGACCUUAUUAGUGUAACUUGACAUAUAUGCUUGCUCUGAACAUGUGUAGCUAUUUCAGAGUCCUUUCACUUGUGGGGCCCAGUCCUAUGAAAGUGUGCUCAAGUACCAAAGUUCUCUUAGUUAUGAGAAGAGGCUUGAUCUCAGAAGUUGCAGUGCAAAGGAAGGGAAGCACUUAAAAUGCAGCAAUGGUCAAAUCAAUUCUUUGAAAUAAACUCAACAAAUUGAGGUAUGAUUAUACUCCAGCGUGAUAUUAUGUGCUUUAGUCACUGCAUCAAAUCUCUGCAGGCUACUCAAAAUGUAGGUUAAGGCUUAGAGGUGUUCAUAACUCAUUGUUGAAGGUGAGAUUUUAUCCCGGGUAUCUAAAGCUGAUAUGACCCUGCUGCCUCUCAUAAAGACCAUUAGAAGAAAUAUCAGAAAUAGAUGAGAAAAGUUUUCAAUUUUUUAAAAAAGAUAGCUCAUUAUUAUAUAUCAGUGAAAGCUUAGUUGCUGCUUAGAUUUGGGUGUUGUUGUUCUCAUUGUCACCAUCAUCAUCACCAUUGUCAUCAUCACAUUGAUUGCAUCACAUUGAGAGCCUUUAUCAGGUACUCUGCUAAGCAUUUUCUAUGCUUUAUAUCGCUUCAUUAUGAAUGACAACCUUUAUUCUACCAAUCAUAAUGAGAUGUAUAUUUUUUUACACGUUUUUCAAAUGAAGAAACAACAGAGCCUUAGAGAAUUUCAGUCACUUAUACAAGAUGACAGAAAUUUGAAUUCACAUUUCUCUGACAUCAAAUUCUGACCUUGUAACCCUUGUGCUUCAGUGGUAAGGCCACUGUGUUAUAGGAAAGACUAACUCUACCCAUUCUAGCUCUGCAACUUUGUGAAAAUCGUCUUCUGUUUGCACUGCAAGUUCCUUAUUUCUAACCUGGGGUUAAUAAUAACGCUUUCCAUAGUUCAUGAUGUUGUUGCCUUUUUGAUUGUGUUUUCUUAAACAAGACUGGUAACCUUUUUUUAAUGUCUCCCAUAUUGCAAUCUGUCUUUUGUCUUCUAUUGUAUAUUAUUGAUAUUUUUAUCUUUUUAGUUACCUUCAUUUAUUUGCAAGUCCCCUCAAGUCAAUUUGGAAGUAGAUGGAAUAUUAAUAAACGUACAAAAUAGAGUUAAAAUAUAUUAUGGGAUAAUAAAUUAAUUCUAGUUGUAAGGGAAUGUGCAUUAUAGAAAAAUAGAAUAUAAAAGAGUAUGAGUCAGUGAUUCAGGUUAAAUUUACCACAGGGAUGAAUUCUAAUAAACUUAAAUCAGUAUGUAAGUAGAGGCAAAAAAAUCCCAUUCAAAAUUUGAAUUUUUAAGGUGAAAUUAUUUUAAUAAAAUGUUAAUAUUACAUUUCUUCUAGCAAAGGAAAGCAAUGCAAUAGUUUAAUUUGCAAUAUAGGUUUGAAAUAGAGGCAUGUUACCAAUUUGGAAAAUAAGCUUCUAGAACCAUCUCAGGUAAGGUGGUUACAGAGGAAAGGAAUCUGUGAACUUAAGGAGGGGAGAUAUAUUUCUUUCUUUAUGCAGUAUAUAAAUUACAAGUAAACAAUACCAAUUGUAAGAACUUAAAGUUGGAUUCUGCUGUGAGAAAAAUAAAUGUGAAAAUCCAUAAUUUUAUUAUUGGAAAAGGCUUUCCAGAAAUUCUUUUUUCUCUUUCAUUGUAGAUAUAGAGAGCCUAGACUUGGGGUAAAUAGCUUGCACAUGGUCACACAGUGCUAAAAUUGACUGGAUAAGCCUAGGUUUUAUGUAUCGUAUCUAGUACUCUUCAAAGUCAAAGUUAUUGGUUCAGCCUAGAUAACUUAGUGGUAGAAAUGUCUUUUAAAAGAUGUCCCAGCGUCUUAUUUCAUUUCUUUAGAUCCAGAUCCAUCAGAUUUGCUAAUCUGGGGGCAAGAAGAAAACAUGAUAUGUUUGUCUUGGAAACUAUCAGAAGGAAGGUUUGAAAAGUUUCAGGUAAAGAACACUGCUGCUCUCAUACCAUCUUGAUGUUUAUCCAGGUCUUUAUUUCACCCCUUUUUUUUUGUCCUUCAUUUUACAUUAAUGGUUUUAGAAAUUAUUGUGCCACUUCGUUAAUGUAGGAUUUCUCCCCCAAGUAAUUAUUGUAUUUACUUCUUUAAAAGUACAGAGUUGUUAUGGAAAGUAUUUAAAUAUGUGUAAAACUGAUAUCUGAUUUUCGAGGAGUUGGUUUUUUGGUGGACAUAAACAAGUACAUACGUAGUACCAAGGAAGUGAAUAAAGGAGUGGUGGUGCUGGAGGAUAAUGCUCCUGUAACAGCACGGGCUGGCAAAAAGACUCCAGUAGUCACAGCCACGUGAUGUGCCACAUGCUCUUUCAGUCCCAUCCUAGAGAUUUAAUUGGGUGGAGACUUUUAGCCUAAAUAGCACUUUCCAACUGUGUCUGUUAUUCAUCAGGUAAAUAUGUACAUUUUCAUUGCCUUUUUGUUAAUAAUGUAAUCUGGCAGUGGGCAUGAGGACAAAUUAUACUCGCUCUACAUCUUAUGGUUUGCAAAUGGAAAUGCUUCUAGUAUAGCAUUAUUGCUUAGUAGUCUGUGGGAGCAAUAAACAUUGCCAGUGGUAGUCUGUGGGAGCAAUAAACAUUUCCAGUGGUAGGAGAUGGUAACUUUAGUUGCAAAUAACAGAAAACAACCUAAAAUAGUUUAAGCAAUAAAGAAAAAAUAUUAAUACAAGAGUCCCUUAUGAAGACCAAUAGAACUGGAUGUUGGAAAGAAUUGGAAUCAGCUAUUUUAAGGUCAUUGAGAACCCAGGGAUUAUUUUCUUUUUGUCUGGCUACUUCUUUCUGCUUAUUGGCCUUAUUGUUUGUUUUUUUUUUUUUUUUUCUGAAGACCAACUUUGUCUGCUGAGCAAUCCAUGUGGUGAGUAGAAGAAUGCCAUACACAACUUCCAAGCACAAAUGGGCACCAAGAAAGAUAAUUUCUCCCUAAAUUCCCAAAGAAGGGAAUGUAAUUAUCCCAGGUUGGAAUAGAAAGCCAAUCCAGAUCCAGUGAAACAAAACAAAUGGAGUUGGCCUCUAUUAUCAUGCUUACCAUUUAAGAUUUGAAGAAAUAAGCAACAGGAAGAUUUUUUUUUUAAUGAAUGAGGGCAUUAUGUAUGCCUAUAGACUUAGUUGAAUGAUUUUGAGAACAAAAACAGUUUUAUUCAUUUGAAAAAUUCAACAUUCAAAUUCAAAAAAUUCAACAUUCAAAUUCAAAAAAUUCAUUCCUUCAACAAUUUCUUGUUCUCAUUGUGCUUAUAUUCUAAAGAACUAGAGGAAGUUAGAUCAAGCCUCUUAAUAUCUUUAGCCUUGGGAAGAGCAGAUAACUCUCUUUCCCUAAAACCAAAAGGAAGGAGUACUAUUUGUUAAAGAUCUGAUUGAUUCAUCAAUGUAAAUUUCAAAAAGGAACAAUCUUAAACGAAUACCUUCUUCAGUCACCAAGUAUUAUCAAUUCUACUAUUGCAGUGUAAAUUCCAUUUGGCUCUGCAGGGUCCUCAGACCCAAACUCUCUAAAAAUUCUCUAACAAUGUAAAAUAAUGGCAUCUGUGCAGCAUGUAAGGUCAUUAAAGUCUAUAUUAUAGAGAAGGUAAGGACACACAUAUCUUACAUUUUUACUAGAUUCACAUAUAUUAACUUCAAUCAAUUUUGUUUUUUCAGGAGAAGAAAAAUUCAAUUUUUUUUCAGGAGAAUAAUUUAGCUCUUAGUGAUAUACUUGCAUGCAAUAUUCUGGUAAUAAAUUUGAUAAUACAAGUUUCUUUACAAAACAGAUAUCCUAUUUUGUUUUGCUCAGCAUUCUGAGAGUUCAAAAGAUAAGGAACAUUUAUUAGUAUGGACAAACUGUGAAAUUCAUUUGAACACCAAAUACGUGUUCUAGUGAUUAAUUCCCUGAAAGUAUUAGAUUGCUGGCUUUCUUUUCAUGAGUGAUGGGAGUGCGGAGAUUUGUUUUGUUUUGUUUUGUUUUUUGAGACGGAGUCUCGCUCUGUCGCCCAGGCUGGAGUGCAGUGGCGCGAUCUCGGCUCACUGCAAGCUCUGCCUCCCGGAUUCGCGCCAUUCUCCUGCCUCAGCCUCCCGAGUAGCUGGGACUACAGGCGCGUGCCAAGAGAUUUAUAUCCUUUAAAAGAAUCUCAGAACUGGCUGAGUGUGGUAGCUCAUGCCUGCAAUCCCUACACUUUGGGAGGCCGAGGUGGGCAGAUCACCUGAGGUCAGGAAUUCGAGACCAGCCUGGCUAACAUGGUGAAACCCCAUCUCUACAGAAAUGAAAAAAAAAAAAAAAAAAAAAAAAAAAAAAAAAAAAAAAGCCGGGCAUGGUAGCACGUGCCUAUAA